AUGCGGGGUCUCCGAUCCAGAGAUAAUUCUCGUCCAUCCAGUAUUGGAGGUCUUCGAUCCAAAGAGUACGAACCUCGUUGGCGCUGGUGGGCUGGUUCUUCUCAGUCUGAUGAAUCUGUAAAAUGUGCUAUUUGUUGUUUGGUGAAGAAUAGGAAAUUGAAUCCGAUCAAUAUAAUCCCAGGUGGGUCUAUGAAGAUUUUGAGAGAGACUCCCACAUUGACUAUUGUGAGGUUUAAAGUUGGGAGUGUGGAGCCGGCUCAUUAUCAUACUUUUGGGCAUGAUUUGGUGGUGAUGGAGGGGAAGAAAAGUGUGUGGAAUUUGAGCAAAAAGGAGAGGUAUGAUUUGGGUGUUGGGGAUUUUUUGUUUACUCCUGUUGGGGAUGUGCAUAGAGUGAAGUAUUAUGAGGAUACUAAGUUUUUCAUUAGGUGGGAAAGGAAAUGGGAUAUUUUAUUUGAUGAGGAUCUUGAGACUGCUAAGGCUGCUGUUUAA